AUGGGAGCGAGGGCUGGGCACUUGGAGGCAGAAGUAGCUGUGCCUUCCUCAGCCAGAGCCGCGUCGUGGGCGAGCCAGGCCGGCCGGGCAUCUCUCCUCUGUGCCGUUUUCCUUUCUCUCUGGGUACCCACCGAGAUGUCACUCGCCGCAGUGCCCUUCUACCAGAAGCGACACAAACACUUUGACCAGUCGUACCGCAAUGUUCAGACGAGGUACCUUCUGGAUGAAUAUGCUGCCAAAAAGCGUACCUCCAUGCAGUCGUCCGCCCAGAGGAAGUCGUCUUCCCAGAGGGCUUCCGGCCAGACGGCGCUGGGGACAACGUGCAGUAUCUGUGCGAAGAGGGUGAGCACCGAGCUGGAGGAGGAGGAGCAGGACAAGAAGAGAAGUGACAUCACCUCAGUGGACCCUAAGAGGAUAACUGUCGCAGAAGGGAACGUCGCAGACGGGGCCGCGUGCCAUGUGUGCAUUGCCGCUGGCAUCCUGUGUCAGCCUCCUGAGCUGCGCAAGCGGGGCAGUGAGGUCGCCGACUCCAGGAAGGCGAUCUUCCUGAGACGCGCCAGCAUUCCCAGGGGUGUCCGUGGGGAAACCGUCAUGGAAGAGAACGUGCACCUGGCUCGCUCACAGGCGCAGCACCAGCUGGACAGAUACGCCAUUCAGCAGAUGGUGGAGGACAAGCUCGCCGGGGAGAGGCACUCGUACGAGGAGCGGAUGCGCAGGGCCCCCGAGAUCCUGGUGCGCCUGCGGUCCCACACUGUGUGGGAGAGGAUGUCCGUGAAGCUGUGUUUCACCGUGCAAGGCUUUCCCACCCCUGUGGUGCAAUGGUAUAAAGACGGCAGUUUGAUCUGCCAAGCAGGAGAGCCGGGGAAGUACAGAAUCGAGAGCAAGUAUGGCGUGCACACCCUGGAGAUCAACAGGGCGAACUUUGACGACACAGCAACGUACUCCGCGGUGGCCACAAACGGGUACGGACAGGUGUCGACCAACGCUGCCGUGGUCGUGAGAAGGUUCCACGGAGACGAGGAGCCGUUCCGUUCGGUGGGACUCCCUAUCGGAUUGCCCCCUUCGUCCGUGAUCCCAUACAUGCACUUUGACGUCCAGUUUCUGGAGAAAUUUGGAGUCACCUUCAGGAGGGAAGGCGAGACUGUCACUCUCAAGUGCACGCUGCUGGUGACGCCGGAGCUGAAGAGGGUGCAGCCGCGUGCCGAGUGGUACCGAGAUGAUGUGCUAGUGAAGGAGUCCAAGUGGACCAAGAUGUUCUUCGGCGAAGGCCAGGCCUCCCUGUCGUUCAGCCACCUGAACAAGGACGACGAGGGACUGUACACCUUGAGGAUUGUGUCCAGAGGGGGCAUCAGCGAGCACAGCGCCUUCCUGUUUGUCUGCGACGCAGACCCACUGGUGACCGGGGCUCCUGGUGCGCCUAUGGACUUGCGGUGCUAUGACGCAAACCGCGAUUAUGUCAUCGUGACUUGGAAGCCGCCCAACACCACCAUGGAGAGCCCUGUCCUUGGCUAUUUCAUUGAUCGAUGUGAAGUGGGGACAGACAAUUGGGUUCAGUGCAAUGACGCACCUGUGAAAAUCUGCAAAUACCCCGUGACAGGCCUUUUUGAAGGGAGGUCUUACAUAUUCCGCGUGAGGGCAGUCAACAGCGCGGGCAUCAGCAGGCCUUCCAGAGUCUCCGAGGCCGUGGCUGCCCUUGACCCCGUAGACCUCAGGAGGUUACAAGCGGUCCAUUUGGAGGGGGAUAAAGAAGUCGUGAUGUAUCAGGACGACCUUGAGGGCGACGUGCAGAUCCCAGGGCCGCCCACCAACGUGCAUGCCUCAGAGAUCAGCAGGACGUAUGUGGUCCUCAGCUGGGACCCGCCUACUCCCCGCGGCAAGGAGCCGCUGAUGUAUUUCAUCGAGAAGUCGGUGGUCGGAAGCGGGAGCUGGCAGCGGGUCAACGCCCAGACGGCCGUGCGGUCCCCUCGCUACGCCGUCUUUGACCUUGCUGAAGGGAAGCCAUACGUGUUCCGGGUUUUGUCAGCCAACAAACAUGGCCUGAGCGAACCAUCGGAGAUCACCGCCCCCAUUCAGGCCCAGGAUAUGAUUGCCGUGCCUUCUGCCCCUGGCCGGGUGCUGGCGUCGCGGAACACGAAGACGUCAGUGGUCGUGCGGUGGGACAGACCCAAGCAGGAAGACGAUCUCCUCGGCUACUACGUGGACUGCUCCGUGGCGGGGUCCAACGUCUGGGAGCCGUGCAAUCACAAGCCCAUUGGCUACAACAGGUUCGUGGUGCACGGCCUGACCACCGGUGAGCAGUACGUGUUCCGGGUGAAGGCGGUGAAUGCCGUCGGCACAAGUGAAAACUCUCAGGAGUCGGACGUCAUCAAGGUCCAGGCCGCUCUCACUGUCCCCUCGCAUCCGUACGGGGUCACGCUUCUGAACUGCGACGGCCACUCCAUGACGCUGGGCUGGAAGGUGCCCAGGUUCAGCGGCGGGGCCCCCAUCCUGGGUUACUACAUAGACAAGCGCGAGGCUCAGCAUAAGAACUGGCAUGAGGUCAACUCUUCGCCUGUGAAGGAGAGGAUCCUGACGGUGGAUGGCUUGACAGAAGGCUCACUCUACGAGUUCAAAAUCGCGGCCGUCAACCUGGCGGGGAUCGGGCAGUCGUCGGACCCCAGCGAGCUCUUCAAGUGUGAGGCGUGGACCAUGCCUGAGCCUGGUCCUGCCUAUGAUCUGACGUUCUGUGAGGUCAGGGACACGUCGCUGGUCAUGCUCUGGAAGGCGCCCAUGUACACGGGCAACAGCCCCAUUUCUGGGUAUUUUGUGGACUAUAAGGAGGAGGAUUCUGGAGAAUGGAGCACCGUGAACGAGGCAGCAACCGCCAACCGUUACUUAAAGGUCUGUAACCUGCACCAGGGUAAGACCUAUGUCUUCAGGGUCCGGGCCGUGAACGCCAGUGGGGUGGGAAGGCCGUCGGACACGUCUGAGCCGGUGCUGGUGGAGGCAAGACCAGGCACGAAGGAGAUCAGCGCGGGUGUGGACGAGGAAGGAAACAUCUACCUGAGCUUUGACUGCCAAGAAAUGACAGACGCCUCCCAGUUCACUUGGUGCAAAGCCUACGAGGAGGUCGGAGACGACGGGAAGUUUAGGAUCGAGACGGUGGGAGACCACUCGAAGCUGUACUUCAAAAAGCCGGAUAAAGAGGCUUUAGGAACGUACUCCGUGUCCGUAAGCGACACCGACGGAGUGUCCUCCAGUUUUGUGUUGGAUGAAGAAGAGCUUGAACGUCUGAUGGCCCUGAGCAACGAAAUCAAAAAUCCCACAAUUCCUUUGAAAUCAGAAUUAGCUUAUGAGAUUUUUGAUAAGGGCCAGGUUCGCUUCUGGCUCCAGGCUGAGCACUUAUCACCAGAUGCCAGCUACCGAUUUAUUAUUAACGACAGAGAAGUCUCCGACAGCGAGAAACACAGAAUUAAAUGCGACAAAGCAACGGGCAUUAUCGAGAUGGUCAUGGACCGAUUUACUAUCGAGAACGAAGGCACCUACACUGUGCAGAUCCAUGACGGAAAAGCCAAAAGUCAGUCUUCUCUGGUUCUCAUCGGAGACGCAUUCAAGGCUAUUCUGGAUGAGGCUGAAUUUCAAAGAAAGGAGUUCCUCAGGAAGCAAGGCCCUCAUUUUGCUGAAUAUUUGCACUGGGAUGUUACAGACGAGUGCGAGGUUCGACUUGUUUGUAAGGUUGCAAACACUAAGAAAGACACAGUUUUCAAAUGGCUGAAGGAUGACGUUCUGUAUGAAACGGAGACGUUGCCUGACCUGGAGAAGGGAGUUUGUCAGCUCCUCAUACCGAAGCUGUCAAAGAAGGACCUCGGCGAAUACAAGGCAACGUUGAAAGACGACAGAGGUCAAGAUGUGUCUGUCCUGGAGAUCGCUGGCAAAGUGUACGAGGAUAUGGUUUUGGCAAUGAGCAGAGUCUGCGGUAAGUAAAUGCCCACUAACUUGCGAGUUAUUUUGGGCCGCAGGGACACUUCUGGCGACCUCGAGGUGUCCCGGCCUUGCGUUAGUCCCGGAGCGACGUCUGUGGGCUCCCAUGCCACCUGCCGUUCGUCACGGACCACCAUCCCUUGUGCCGUGGGUCCCCUCGGCUUUCAGAAAAUGGGGCCUUUGUUCUUGGACCUGUCGGAGAAUGUCCACCUGGUUUGGAGCCGAAGGCUGUCACACCUGAAGCCCCAGCUACUGCGCGUCCGGCACCUCGGGCUGCAGGUGCGAGAUGCCAAGAUCGCGUCUAGUGAGCACAUGAGGGUUGGAGGCACCGAGGACAUGGCCUGGCUGCAGAUCUGUGAGCCCACGGAGAAAGAUAAAGGAAAAUACACUUUUGAGAUUUACGACGGCAAAGAUAACCAUCAUCGCUCCCUCGACCUGUCCGGCCAGGCGUUCGAUGAGGCCUUUGCAGAAUUCCAGCAGCUCAAGGCAGCCGCUUUUGCAGAGAAGAAUCGUGGCAAGGUGAUCGGUGGCUUACCUGACGUGGUGACCAUAAUGGAGGGCAAGACCUUGAACCUGACCUGCACCGUGUUUGGAAACCCUGACCCUGAAGUGGUGUGGUUCAAGAACGACAAGGACAUCGAGCUCAGCGAGCACUUCUCGGUCAAGGUGGAGCAGGCCAAGUACGUGAGCAUGACCAUCAAGGGCGUGACCUCCGAGGAUUCGGGCAAGUACAGCAUCAACGUGAAGAACAAGUACGGAGGUGAGAAGAUCGACGUCACCGUCAGCGUGUACAAGUACGGGGAGAAGAUCCCCGACGUGGCACCACCCCAGCAGGCGAAGCCGAAGCUCAUCCCGGCGUCUGCCUCCAUGACGGAAUAG